AAAAAUGGUCCGGUCAGUGCAGUGAAUUAAUUCUCAUAGAAUUCCAUUAAGAAAUGAAAUCUCAUAGUUAUUCCUUUAUAUAGUAAUCUGUGCUAUAUUCUCUACAGUUACAAAUUAUCAACCAACCAACUCGUUAAAUAUUUAAAGCACGUGACAAAACUAUGGACCGGAGCAACUAAUAAAGUGCGAUUUGGGUUCUGUUUACCGCAUUUAUUAUAUUUGUCUUCAUGUUGACUUUAUGCCACAAUUAUUUUCGUGUAGCUUCCAACAAUAAAAACAAUCAAGAUAAUCAGAAUGUUAGCAGAAGGAAGUUUGUUUUCGGCGUAUUUCUUUUACUGUUGGUGGUGGUUUUGUGGGUGGUAUCGUCAGAGCUGACAAGAUACAUAUACUUGGAAAAAAAGUUGGAAAGACCCUUCCUUGUAACUUAUGUGCGCAGCUCACUACUGUUUGUGUAUUUAUUAGUGUUAUGUUUCACACCACCCACUAGAGACCCUUGUAGGCCUGCUGACUAUACUCAAUUAAUAGAACCAACAGCUGAAACAGAUGAUGAAAAUUUUUUCAAUGAGUCUACCACAAGUUUGGGUGACUCCACAUUUGUGCCGGUUCGGGCUGGAGAGACCACUGACAGUGAUGAUGCAGCCCCUAGAGCCGUGCGCUUCAACAAAGUUGCUGAGGUGCGCGUGAUGUCUGCAGCGCAGGCGGGCGAGGCAUUGCUGGCGCGGCUGUCGUGGGCGGCUUCGGUGCGCGCCACCGAGCACGCGCAGCGCCGUGCCGCCGCCGCCGCCACGCGCCGACACCUGCGGCUCGCGCUGCUCUUUGCUGUACCCUGGUUCAUAUCAAACUACCUGUAUCGCCUGAGUUUGCUGUACACGGGGACGUGUUCCGCCUCUAUCUACACGUCGACGACGGGCGCCAUCGCGCUCUCUCUCGGCGCAAUACUGCCACAACAGCCGAACGACCGCUUCAACGUGUCCAAGUGUAUCGCUAUCGUGCUCACGGCCGCUGGACUGGUAGUACUGGCAAUAACAGAGAGCCACCAGACCAACUGGACGGCAGUGUCCGCUGCGCUAGGCUCCGCCUUGUGUUACGCAACACAUCUGCUCAUCUACCGGCGGGAGAUGAGGAAGGGAGAUGGCAUCAACGCUCCUUUACUUGUUGGUGUGGUAGGAUGCGCUUGUGGUUGCCUAGCGUGGAUACUGGGCGCCAUGUUGGCAUUAGGCCAAGUGGAGCGUGCCGCGCUGCCGCCGCCGCGACUGUGGUCGUGGAUACUGCUCGACGCCGCCCUCGGCCCACUGCUCAUCGAGUCGCUGUGGCUCUGGGGCCGUUCGCUGACGUCGACGCAGACGGCGAGCGCGAUGCUGGGGCUGGCGCUGCCGGCGGCGGCGCUGCUGGAGGCGGCCCGCGGCGGCGGCGCGUGGCGCGGCGCGGCCGCGCUGCUGGCGUUGGCGGGCUGGGUCGCCGCGCUGCUGCCCGCGCCGCGCUGCCUGCCGCCUUGCCUGCCCGCUUGCCUGCACAACAACAUGCGCGCGCAACAAGGGUUCUCAGCAAUAAGAAACCUGCCAGACUUGGACGAGCAAUCCGAGGCGUUGAUGACGCCUGAGGAACCGACGUAGCAUACCGUCCUCGUCUAAGGACUCUCGUUAGAAGUCUGAGCUGCACUCACCCAGCUUGCUACACUUGGCUUAUACCAUAGUAAGGAAUCACUAAUGACAGCUUCACAUAGGGGGCCUACUAGUUCCAUUGUGCAGGUUUCAACAAGAUGCCGCCUAUUGCACUCUCUUCACUCGCUUAGAUCCGUAAGUGCGACAGAGAGCGGAAAUCGCAGCAGGCGGCGAAAAAAAAUAGGUGUAAUGUAAAGUUCCCACAUUCCCACAUUUAGUGUUUGACUUUACUAUAAUGCACUACUCGUAGAAAAUAACUACACACCUAAAAGACACCAAGACUAUAAACUUAUCGAGACGGACAUCACAACGGCAUGAAAGCGAUUAAGGUAUACAAGUGGCUAAGGUUAUUAUCGAUUUACGGACAAAUAGGAAAUCGGUAUCGAAUUUCACACCGGUAUAAUAACGGUGACGUAACCUUCCGCUUGUAUACCUCAACCACUUUCAAGCCGUGAUCUGGUUACAAGUACUUGGUGCCUAUUCGGGCCGACACAAACAUAACUUAAUUUUAGUUGGACAGCUCUUAAACUAGUGCCGUCCUUCACUUACAAUAAGAUAGCGUGAGAUAGAGAUAGAGCUACUUUAGCUCGAUCAAAUCAAGUUAAGAUUAAUUUGGUGGUUGGCUGAAUCGGCACCAUUGCUGAACUCAGGGCUUCGCGGAAGCUGUGAGGGCCAAAUGUUUUUCAUCACACUCAGUUUAAUAUUACACAAUUAUUGAGAUUUGAACAAAGGCACGCCGUGUUAUUAAAAGAAUAUUGUGUGUGCAGCAAAGUCAGGUGAAAUGUAGGUCGGUGGCCUCAAGUAUACCUCUGAAUUUAUUUCUCUAAUACAAGAAUGACUGAAGGUAUUAUUAGUAUGUAUGUGUGAGUAUGAGUAGUAGGUUUACCACACUUGCUCGACCAUGUUGACUUCCAAAUCGGUAAUCUUCUAAAUUAGAAUAGCAAUAAUGUUCAAUAUUGCAAGUGGUAAUCGUAAUUUAAGUUACUCGCAUAUUAAUAUGCAUGUACAUAAUUCUUAAUUACUUAUACGUGAUUUGGAAAAAAUAAAUUCGAUAUAUGAUCUCAUUUCGUUUUCGUAGCUAGCGAAGAAAAUACGAGCUAAUACACACUGUGUCUGUUUGAAGUUUAUACGAGCUUUAUUCUUCCAAAAAUAAUCCCUGCCAUAUAAAGAUUCCACUUCAAAUGUCAGCAACGGCGUUCUCCCUUUAAAAAAUAUAGAAAUUCAUGGCAGCUACUUAAUGAUAAUUUUUCAACAAUAAUUAAGUUCGACGACAAUUCUUAUAGAUGCAUAAAAAGUUAAUAAUACUCAAUAUAAUGUUUUCAGUUAGCACUGUUUUGCGUAUUCGUCUCCAUACAAACAGACACACUGUGAUCACCAUUCCGGUUUAAAGUCAACACGCAAGCGUAGGUACUUAGAAAAGUACAGUUGGAUUUGAGAGCACUCCUUAAUAUCCCGUCGAAAUGCGAAUACAACUAUAGGUAUUGAGUAUAUUGGCAUUAAAACCGGGUAAGUACUAGUCUAAUGGAGAAGAUUGUCAUCUUUCGCAACCAGGAAUCACAAAAAAGUGAAAUGCAUAUUUCAAUAAGGGCUAGAUACGGGGGAAACUGCUCACCGCGAUACAGAAACCCGAUUGAUUUUGUGAAUGACGCAAGCGCGAAAGAAAACAAUUUUCUGCCUUGAUAGCAUUUAUAUUAAACUAAAAAUAAGUAAACCUAGCAUGUUAACCACUAAGUAAUGAAUGACCAUUCCAGAAUAAGCUGUUUGUUAUUUUAUAUUAUUUCCAUUCUUGAGUGUGAUGCGUGACAAAUAUAUAAUAUGUGUAAAUAAAAUUUAAUGUAAAAUAUUUUCACACAAAUGUAUGUUGUAUUGUAAAAAUAUUGUAAUGGAUUUAUGAUGUCAUUCAUUUUAGCUUCAAAUUUUUAAAUACUUUAGUAUAUAGGACUCACCUUGUAUUGAAUUAAAUCAUUCCUCAAUAGAUUCAUGCAAGAUACGAUUUUUGGAAGUUAUGUUUGCUAGAGAUGUUUCAUUAAACUCAAAAGGUAAUUAUCUAGUUUAGUGAUGGAUGACUCUGUAAAAAUGUUGAAGACAAUAUUAUAGAAGAAAUGUAAUGUUUUAACAUUUAGCUGCCUGUGCCUUUGCAUAUAUUUUUGGAACAAAUAAAACAACAUCUUCUCUCUACAAGUAUUUGAGUAACUUUAUUUUUGUAUAAUUUGGUAACUUUCAAGCCUUUUGCUUCCGGACAUAAUAUAAUCGCGAAAAGAGUUUGCUUUUAGUAAUAUGUAAUACGAUCAAUAUUAUUUUUGUUAGUAUAACAUUUUUACAUUUCUUUAUUUACGUAAAAGGUGCAUAAAACUCUGAUUAACGUAUAUAUUUCAUGUUAUGAUUUAUAAAGUGACAGACACAGUAUUAUGUAAGUGGAUUGUUUGAGUUGAGAUUUGUGUCAAUAGAUUUUAUAUUACUGCA